AAAUGUUGCGGCGGUGAAGUCGAAACCUGAGUCGAAACGACGCGGCCGGCGAGUUUCUCCUCUGGGUUCGCUUAGAGGUUCGCUCCUUUUCAGCGAUUCCAAUCACAUGAGCGGUGCAGCGCCUUACACGCCGCGAGUAGGACAAAACGAUAUCCAAUAGCAGAGGUGCAUCACCGCCAACCACUUGUCGCCCAGAACUCAAAAGCGCUUCAACUACCGUACCUUGCAUUCCCACCUCACGAUGUCCCAUCACCCAACCCCCGACCUAGGCCAUUUACGAGCAUCCGAUUACAAUAACGUCUACGAGCCAGCCGAGGACACGUUUCUCUUUCUGGACGCACUGCAAAAGGAUGUGGAGUUCAUAAGGGCUCUGAGGCCGUCGAUAUGUUUGGAGAUUGGAUCUGGAUCAGGAUGCGUUACCACUUUCCUAGGAACGCUGCUGGGGGAGCAGAGCAAAGCGUUAUACCUCACGACGGAUAUCAACCCACACGCCAUAUCCGCCACAGUCGCCACAGGCCUCCGCAACGGCGUCACUAUAGAUGCGCUCCAAUCCGACCUCAUCCCGCCCUUUACCAGGCCCCGCUCCAUCGACGUCCUUCUAUUCAACCCACCCUACGUCGUCACACCACCCGAGGAGGUCUGGCGAGGGUACGAGCCGCAACGCCCCAAUACAAAGCCGCCAUCUACCUUUUUAGGAAGCGAAUUCGGCAACGGCUCAAACGGGAUCGAGGCCUCCUGGGCCGGCGGGAUCGACGGGCGCGAGGUGAUAGACAGGCUCCUACCACAGAUCCAGGACGCGUUAUCGGCGCGAGGAGUGUUUUUCAUGGUCGUGAUUAACGAGAACAAGCCGGAGGAGAUCAGGAGUUGGAUGGGAAGUGAGGAGAUGGGAAUGUUUAGCAGCGAGGUGGUGCUGAGUCGGAAGGCGGGGAGGGAGGGGUUGAGUAUUUUGAAGUUUUGGAGGACGUAGAAUAUGGAUGUGGUAGAUAUAGACAAGGCGAACGGCAGCGAAGUACG